AUGGCGGAGGAGGAGGGGACGCAGCAGCUGCCGUUCGUGCGGGAGACGGUCCUCAAGAAGAGGAAGGACAACGAGGAGUGGGCCACCAAGAACCGGGAGCGCAAGGCGGCCAAGAGGCAGCGCCGCCGCCACGACGCCAAGGGCGCCAUCAAGCGCCCCGAGGACUUCGUCAAGGAGUUCCGCAACAAGGAGCUCGACUUCCUGCGGAUGCGCAUGCGCCUCAAGGUCCGGAAGCUGCGCCCCGCCGAGGCCAUCGACGCCAAGCUGCUCUUCGCCAUCCGCAUCCCAGGCACUGCGGACUUGCACCCGCAAAUCAGGAAGAUCUUGGCCAGGCUGCGGCUGACCCAGGUCCUCACCGGCGUGUUCCUCAAGGCCACCGAGGCAAACCUCAAGAGGCUUGCUGCUGUUGGACCGUUCGUCACCUAUGGGUUCCCCAAUUUGAAGAAUGUGAAGGAGCUUAUUUACAAGAAGGGUCGCGGAUAUUUCGACAAGGAGCCUUUCCCCCUGACCAGCAAUGAUCUAAUCGAAAAGGCUCUUGGAGAACACGGCGUCAUAUGUUUGGAAGACGUCGUGCACGAAAUCUCCACGGUCGGGCCGCACUUCAGAGAAACGGCGAGCUUUCUCAUGCCCUUCAAGCUCAAGUGUCCGGAGAGGAGGCUGCAGAUGAAGAAGAAACCCUUCAAGGAUGGCGGCGACUCGGGCAACCGUGGGGACAAGAUCAACGAGCUACUAGAGAAGCUGAACUGA